AUGAGUGGGUGGAUGAAGUCAUUACAGUGCAAGUCAAACUCGCCGGACGACGUCGUUGACCACCGCCGCCGCUCGAACCCUCGAUACCACCGCCUCCACUCCCACGGCUGCAGAAACACCGUCCAAAGCCUCAACGACGCCGUCAAUGCCACAAAGAAGGCCGACCCCAGGAACCCAAAGCCGCCGCCGUUCAGGCGACCCGUUACCUUGAAACCCGCCGAUCCGGAUCCGAACCUCCGACCCGGAUCGUCCUUCUCGUCCAUGGCGGAGCUUCCCGAGGGCCACCCGUCGCGCAACGUGGUGGAGAUAAUCUUCAGCUCCAGCUGGGGACAGAAAGGCUUUCCGGGCCGGGUCGAGACGGUGCUCAAGGUGCGGAGUUCGACCCGGACGGCGACCCGGUUCGAGGAGUACCGGCAGGCGGUCAGGCAGAGGGCCGGCGGCGCCGAGGACCACUCGCGGUGCGCCGCGGACGGAAAUGAGGUUAUGCGUUUCUACUGCCUGGGGGACGCCGCCAAAGGCGGCGCGUACUCGGUCAGGGGAGGCGCGUGGUCCCUCCCCGGGGGUAAAAUGACCGGGGUGUGCACUUUUUCAGGGACCGGCGCGGCUCACGCGAACGCCGGCGGUGGGAGGGGGCGGAGGGCGAUGGUGGUUUGCCGGGUCAUAGCGGGCCGGGUUUGCAAGGAACUCGGUGUUGACUCGUUGCUCGGGGGACGGACCGGGUAUGACUCGGUGGGCGGAGUCAAUGGGGAGCUGCUCGUGUUCGACACGCGCGGCUUGCUGCCCUGCUUUCUUAUAAUUUACCAGCUGUAA